AUGAGUCAUUUGAAAGACAAGGCCCAAACAAAGAAGAUGUUCAGCUUCUUGGUUUUGCUGCAAAUAUUCCUCCUGUUCCUGACGGUUUUUAAAACUUGCGUUCGAGCCCAAUCUCCAUCUACUUGCCCUUUCAAUGUGCCAUUUGAUUUUGAAAGUGCAGCGCAGUUAGGAUGCUUUCAGACCAUUGCCUCGCCAUCGACUGGAACGAUAAGCCUUUCUAACCAUAAAAAGACUGUGAAACACGGAUCAUCAUCUCUGAGAUGGGUAACCACUGGCGCAUCAACGUUGCAGUUAAGAUCGUCAACGUUUACCAUUCCUAACAGUUGUCUGAGAAAUGGGGGCGUGAAAGUCUGGAUCUACAAAGGAUCGACGUCAGGACAUACAUUGCAAGUGGAAUUCAAAAAUUCUGCUACCACUGUUGGAGGUUUUACAGCAAAUGACUUUGAAGGAUGGCGUGGGAUUUGGGUAACGUUUGCAGAAUGCAAGACACAAAGUAAUAGCUUACAAAGCCCAACUGUUAUCGAUGAGGUCAACUUUAUCGGAAACGGAGCUCAAACUGUUUAUAUAGACAAGCUCGAGUUCAAUUGUAAUAUUAGAAAGCAAUCACGGGACAAAAUAGUUCCUCCCAUCAGUCCAUUUGGUGAGGAUUUGUACGACAACUCAGAUUUUUGGCAACAGACUUAUAGGUGGGGUGCCACGAGAGUCCCUGACCCACCUACUACUAUUGAAACACAAAAAAGAAACCAUUUGGAUCAUAUAAAAAGCCGGCUAAAGAACUGGUAUUCGGAUGAGACUGUAACGUCGCCUAACUACCCUAGUCGCAGCCCGGCUCUAGAAAAACGAUGGAGUGAUCUUGUAAGAAAAUUCAAGAGAGCACAUGAUGAGUACGAUAACUUAAGCUUUGAUGCGGUAACUGGAGACAUUGUAGGACCUCCUUUGUUCUGCAGAAAUUGUGAGCCUAGAACAAAGUUUGGAGAUAUCAUGAUUAAAAAUCUUUUACCAUUAGCACUAGAAUACCAUCUAAGCUCUCGUCCGAAUGAGAUUACAGAUGUUGCCACAGAACAGCAGUCAGAGUUAAACAAUGCAGGUAGAAGGAGAACAAGAGCGAUAAAGACCAUUGCUGGAAAAAACGCCAAUAUGAAGGCAUUUUUUGAGUCGAGCCUACCUAGCUCUUCUACGCUGACUGUGGAUCAAAUAAAGACUGCAAUAGAAACCCUUAACAGCCAUCGGCUGAGUAGGAUAAACAAGCUUCUUGAUUUUGUUAAAGAUCAAGGAUUUACAGAUGGUAGUGGAUUAGGAUCCCUGGACCAUGAAAUGAACCUUGACGGUGCUGGGUUCAUGCACUCUCUGUUUCUCCUCAGUGAAUCGCUGAGUAGAAGCACAUUGAUGGAUUUGAUAAAUACAGCAAAGUGGUUCACCGACUUUGGAGAGAUCUAUCAAACGCCAACUUUUGAAUUUCAAGGAACAACUGCUGACCGUAUGAUCACGCUAAUGCUUUAUAGACUUAUUAUUGUGCUUGUGAUGCCGACUGAUACCGAUGACGCCAUCAAAGAAAAAAUCCGUGAUAUGGAUGCCUUAAUUCGGUGGCAGAAUAAUGCGUUAUCUAUCAAUAAAGGUCUUGGAGGACUAAUAAAGCCAGACUACUUGGUAUAUCACCAUAAAUCGUUUUAUGGAUCAGCCUACGGCCCACCAGCCCUUCAAAAUGCAGCUCUAGUUCAAUAUCUUCUGGGAGGGACUGUGUUCGCCCUAUCUUCAACAAGCGAGAACCAUAUCAAAGGAGGACUAGAAGCACUGCGACUCAUGGCAGUCAAAUACUCCACUCCACCCAGUGUAAGCGGACGUUACCCAGAAUACUCGAACAAGGUUCUCGUGAAGAAUCUACCGGCCUAUGCUUACAUCAGUGUGGCUUAUCCUACUACUUUACCGACUUCAGUGCCAACAGGUGUAAGUGUAAGCAGUUUGAAUAAUCCAGAAUGGUUCCUGAGAUUGUACAAUGACCCAUCUGUCGAAAGUUUUCUAGAAGAUGGAGCACCGAACAAAAAUAAGUACUAUUUCAACAGUCUGGGAUCUCUGCAAAUAAUGGAAGCGGUGAAUUCUACUGCCGUAUCACAAGGCAAAUCACAAGAGCAGUCCCCUGAAGGUCAUUGGUCCAAGAACUUCGCCGCUCUUUCCAUACAUCGGCGUAAGAACUGGGCAGUGACUGUAAAAGGUUUCAAUAACUUUGUCUGGGAUUAUGAAACCUCAGCGAACGAAAAUGUGUUUGGAUUAUUUGCCAGUCAUGGUGCUCUCCUUAUCGCAAAUGACGAAGCAGCCCUUCAGCAUCAUGAUAUUGAUACCGGAUGGGAUUGGUCCAAAAUUCCCGGGGCUACUACUAUCGCCUUGGGGAAUCCAAACAUAGAUGAAUUAAAUAUAGGUACAACCGGGAGAUUCUACAAUAAACGCGGAUUUGCGGGAGGACUCACUUUUGGGGGCACUAUGACCUCGAAGAACGGACUGUUUGGCAUGAAUUUUAAGCAACCGGAAUAUGAUGUCUCGGACUGGCGAGGGAACAUCAGAUUUCAAUUCAAAAAGUCAGUUUUCAUGUUUGAAAACCUUUUAGUUGGCUUGGGAAGUGAUAUUUUACUUCAAAGAAAUAACAUGAAAAUUGCUCAAACAACAUUAUUUCAAGACAAGCUUUCUUCCUCGCAGUUUAUCAAGGUUGAUGGAUCACGAAAGGACGCUUCGUCUAAUUAUAAUCACGUCUCAUCGACGUCCUCCAGCACUUCUCUUACAGAUGCAAAAGGAAACUUCUAUUACAUACCCAGGACCAGUAGUCCAAUAUUAAAGGUAAAUGUCUCAACUCAGACCUCCAAAAAAGAUGAUGGAAGUACUAGCACAUCUGGAAAGUAUGGUACGGCGUGGUUUGAACAUAGUUCGGCUAACCCCAGCUACGAGUAUGCUGUCUUGAUACCGACUGCAGCUUAUCAUACGCAACUGAGUGACCUCCAAACGGCCCAAGACACCGCAGGUAACAAGGUCUACAAAGUCUUGAGGAUGGAUGAUCGCGCACACAUUGUUCAAUUUCUCAAAUCACCCAAGUCUUGGUCAGGCCUCAGUCAUCCAGUUACAGGUUACGUCAUGUUUAGAAGUGCGAGCUCUUUGCCAAGUCAUGGGCCAAUAACAGAUGUGAAUUCCGGAAAGUGUCUUAUAAUGGUGGAGGAAACAGCGCAAUUCAUCCAUCUCGCGAUCACCUAUCCCGACUUAGCUUUGAGUGGUGCAGGUACUCUGACUGAUUCAAGAGAUGUGGGAGAAAGUUUGCUGUACACCUCUGAAAGUACAGAAAAAAUUGUAUCAGUAACGCUCAGGAAUCAAGUACAAACAACUGUUGCCGAUACCAAAGUCCAUGGUACACCUGCAAGUUACAUACCUAACGUGGAUAUAAGUGGCCAAACCGUUCACUUUAGAAAUUUGAAAAAUGGGUUUAGUGUCGAAGUGAAACUGACGAGGAUAUAGUACCCCAAGUUCUAUUUGGAAAUGUCUCAGCCCUCAAAUGUUUUUCCAAGGUGCAGGAUGGCUUAUUAA